CACGCGGAGAGCGGCAAGGUGUUCGCGCUGCAGCCGCUGGACCACGAGGAGCUGGAGCUGCUGCAGUUCCAGGUGAGCGCGCGAGACUCUGGAGUGCCUGCCCUGGGGAGCAAUGUGACUCUGCAGGUGUUUGUGCUGGAUGAAAAUGACAAUGCGCCCGCACUGCUGGGGCUUAGCGCUGGCGGUGUUGUGAACGAGCUGGUGUCUCGAUCGGUGGGGGCAAGUCACGUGGUGACUAAGGUGCGCGCAGUGGACGCUGACUCUGGCUACAACGCGUGGCUGUCUUAUGAGCUACAGACAGCCUCAGGUGGCUUGCGCAGCCCGUUCCGCGUAGGGCUGUACACGGGCGAGAUCAGCACGACGCGCAUCCUAGAUGAGGUGGACGCACCGCGCCAUCGCCUGUUGGUGCUUGUGAAGGACCAUGGGGAACCUGCACUGACGGCCACUGCCACUGUUCUGGUGUCACUCGUGGAGAGCAGCCAGGGGCCAAAGACCUCUUCACUGGCUUUUGUGGGUGCCGUGGGCCCAGAGGAGACUCUGGUGAAUGUGAACGUGUACUUGAUCAUCGCCAUCUGUUCAGUGUCCAGCCUGUUUGUGCUCACAUUGCUGCUGUACUCGGUGCUGCGCUGCCUGGCGGUGCCCACCGAAGGCUCCUGUGGGCCUGGGAAGCCCACGACGCUGGUGUGCUCGAGCGCGGUGGGGAGCUUGUCCUACUCGCAGCAGAGGGGGCAGAGGGUGUGCUCUGGAGAGGGUCCGCCCAAGACCGACCUCAUGGCCUUCAGCCCUAGCUUACCCCAGGGUCCCAACUCUACAGACAACAAGUUGAUGAAGAAUGACAGUACAAGGCAGUUGUACGAGUUCAUCUCUUACCAUUUGAGGCCGCGUGAUGUCGCUGUUUACCAUGAAGUUUCAUCUACCAAUACACAAAGCUUAUCCUUCCUUACUCUGCGUCUUACAUGGCAGCUGAAUGAUGACGAACAAAAGAGUUGA